GAAACCUCAGUAAUCAAUAGUGGCUGUGGUUAGGAGCCUUGUCGAGUAUUUUCUUCUGUUAUUCAGAUUUAAGAUGUCUUUGUGUAAUAAGUGUAAUCAAGAUAAACUACAGGAAAUCCUAGGUUUGUCGUUGCUGGUGCUACCGGAAGUGACGUAAUAGUACCGUGGCAACCUGUUUCGGAGACUAUCGAUGGUACGUUUUUACGACCGUGGUGUUGCAGGCUGUCAGGAGAUCUGAAUGGGAUCAAAAAGAGGGUUAUUUCUUGCUUAGUGACUAGACGGCAUUUCUGUCGGUCCUCAUGAUUGUUUUAGUUUUUUUCUCCGCGCUAUUGGCGGUGCCUGUUAAAGCGGAUUUGUUUCACUUUGACAGCAUCUCAAAUGUGUCUGUUUAUUACUUUAACUACCUCUAUUGCCAUGUUUGGGAAGGAGAAUGUCAUCCGAACCAGGACGAUGCGACCCAACAAGUGCCUACAGGGAAUGUGUGGUCUUGGGUGUCUCAGGAUUAUAAGGGUAUGGUGACCAAUUGGUACUGCAGCAUUGGGCAAUGCUGUGAUUCAGGAGACUGUCGAAUUACUAACAACAUCACAGGUCUAGAGCAGGAUCUACAGCUAAAACUUCAUGGGCAGCAUCUGGCUCAGUCUGUGGUCCUGAAAGCAAUUCAAGGCUUCAUUAAUAACCCUGAGUCCAAUAAGCCCCUGACUCUGUCAUUCCACGGUUGGUCAGGCACAGGCAAAAACUUUGUGGCUCGGAUGGUGGCAGAUAACCUGUAUCGUGAUGGAGUGAAGAGUGAGUGUGUGCGUCUAUUCAUUGCCCCAUUCCACUUCCCACAUGCGAGACUGGUGGACAUCUACAAGGGCCAGCUGAGGGAAGCUAUUAGAGACAUGGUUCUCCGUUGUCCACAAACACUUUUCAUUUUUGAUGAGGCAGAGAAAUUGCACCCUGGGCUUAUUGAUGCCAUUAAGCCCUAUAUGGACCACUAUGAUAAUGUGGAUGGGGUUUCCUACAGAAGAGCCAUGUUCUUGUUCCUCAGUAAUAUUGGUGGUGCAGCUAUUAAUGAUGUGGCACUGGACUUUUGGCAUUCGGGCCAGAACCGGGAGGAUAUUGGUAUGGAAGAUCUGGAACAUCGACUACGAGCAGAAUCUAUGGAGGCUGAAGGAGGAUUUGCCCAGAGUGAGCUUAUGUCAGGGCACCUGAUUGACUUCUUUGUGCCAUUCUUGCCUCUUGAAUAUCGUCAUGUUAAACUCUGUGCUCGGGACGCAUUUGUUAGCCGUGCUGUGGAGCCUGAUGAGGCAACUCUGGACGAGGUGGCUAAAGCCAUGCUGUAUGUACCCAAAGAAGAGAAACUCUUUUCUGCACAGGGCUGUAAAUCCAUCCCACAACGAAUCAACUUUUUUUUACAUUAAUAAUAAUAAUAGAAUAAUACAAGGUCACCAAGCCUACAUGAAAAAGUUCAUGCAUACGUCACAGCAAAGCUAAAAUAAGACUGUUACCAGAUAUUUAUAUGCCACUUCACAGGCCCAGGGUUCUCCUUCACAGGCCCAAAGUCCCCUAUGUAUGUGGAGGUCCUCAUGUUUUCACCAUCUCCAUGUAGAUUUCUUCCUUCCAUCCGAAAACAUGCUGGCAGUUUGAAUGGCUAUGAUAAAUUGCUUGUUGGCAUGGACCACAUCCAUGACACAUUCCCUCUUCAUGCCCACUGUUUCAAGGAAAGGCUUCAGACCCAGCAUGACCUGGCCAAGAUAAAGCUGUUACUGCAGAUGAAAGUUACAAUGAAUAUCUUAGAGUUUGAAAAUGGAGAGCCGUUACUUGACCCCAUUGAACCGAACAACUUUUUCUUCCCAUCCGUUUUUCCCCUUUUAUUUCCCUUUUUUGUGAAAAAUCAAGAAAUAAUGUAGGUAACAGUGGCUUUAAAAUGAUUCAUAAAUGAUAUGUUUUUUAAAGAUAAAUUAAAGGAAGGUACAGUGAGUCAGUUAUGCUGUGUAUACUAAAGAAAGAUAAUGUAAUCAAAUUAAAGUUUAAAUCUUAGCAUACAAGUUUAUUAGUCAACAUUAUCCAAACAUUAAAGAGAGCAUUAUUGGGGCUUAUACCACUAAUUGCAUUGUGCCUGAUAAUGGAGGCUCAUUGCUGACUCAGGCAGACUUUGUCCUACCCGAGUGGUUUGUACUCUGGUUCUGUUUGCUCUCCACCCAUUUGCCCAGCUUUACUGACAGCAGAUAUGACAUACUGCCACACAACAUGUUUUGUUUGGAAUGUAACACUACUGCUAAAACAUCCAAAAAGCAGUUUGCUCUUGAAUGCACUUCUUUUCAAGAACAGCAAUUUCAGACUCUCUAAAAUUCCUCUUCUUUGUUGCCUUAUGAGCCGGUUUUAUCUGUGUGAGCCUCUGUUUUAUGAAAUGCUGUUAUGAAAAUUGUUUUAUGAAAAUGAUUUAUAAAUGACUGCACAACAUUGUGGACAUAUAGUCACCCAGGUUUUCCAUCACAAUUCUCAUGAAAUUUACAAGCACUGAUUGCUGUGAUUCUAGCUAGCUAGUUUUUACAAAACAAGUGAUAUGACACCUGAUUUAGCUCACAAUUCUGUUUUCAAAACCUGCAAUAUCAUGGAAGACACCAUAAAUGUAUAAGUUAAGUAUUGCAAUUAUUUAAUUUUUUUAAUUUUACAUUUUUUUUUUAAUUUUAUGUAAUUAUUUAAUGUAAAUGUGCUGUGCAUGAAUGCCUUACAUGGGAUAAUUUGUGGUUUUGUCACUUUAUAUUGAUGUAUUAUUUUAACAUUCAGGUGAUGUUGAAGAGAAAGUAAAGGAAAGCAGAAAGUGUAGGUCAAUCCAUCAUUUAUUAGCAUUACUGUUGUUUCUGUUACAACAAAAGUCUAUUUUUCUAGAGAAAAAUACCAGAUUAUGACAGCAAUAAGAACAAUGCAUAGUCUGGGGUUGGUGAGUACCCCUUUAAAACUAACCUCGCAAUUGUAUUUUUUUUUCAUAAUCUAUGGAAAUGCACGGUAGUGUUUACAUCAUGGAUUGAAAAGUAAUAUGCUGAAGUGAAAAGAUUUAACUGAAAGUUUGAUAUAAAGUUAUGUUGUGUCAAAAAAUAUUCAAAAUGUACAUUUUCAUUCUGGAUGGUUACAGUAGUAAGCGUUACAUUUAUAUUUAAGGAAUUGUCAUUUUUAUGUAUAUUUUGAACACUUUAUAACACUGUAUUUAACUUUAAGACUUCUGUGUCAGUAACAUUUUCACUUUGUCACCAGAUGGAAGUUCUAAACCUUUUGUGAAUUUAAUUUGAAUUCAUUUUAGCUGUUACACAUAAAAUGUUUUACAAUGGAA